UCCCGGCCGCGGGCGGUGCUGCAAGUGCAGUCGCGGUAACAUGGCGCCUUUUCCGGACGAGGUGGACGUGUUCUCGGCGCCGCACUGGCGCAUGAAGAAGCUGGUGAACCUAUAUUCAGAGAAGUUAUCCAAGACCAACUUCUCCAACAGUCGGGACUUCCAGGCCCUGCUCACCUCGCUCUACGCCACCUUCACAGAGUUCAAGUCCCACGAGCAGAUUGAGAAUGAGUGCAUCAUGGAGGAGCUGCAACAGAGGCUGCGAGCCCUGUCUGUCCGCAACAGCUCCGUCUCCACCGUGCAUUCCGACAACAAGCUGUCAGACAUGUUACGGCUCUUCGAGAAGGGCCUCAAGAACAUCAAGAAUGAAUACGAACAGCUGAAUUACAGCCAGCAGCUGAAGGAACGGCUGGACGCCUUCACCAAAGAGUUCAUCCCUCACAUGAAGGAAGAGGAGGAGGUUUUCCAGCCGCUGCUGAUGGAGUACUUCACCUACGAGGAGCUGAAGGACAUUAAGACGAAGGUGAUAGCCCAGCACCGCUCCCAGGGUCACGUCGACCCUGUCCACGUACCGACCGAGCUGCCCCUCUGGAGCCAGUCCCAGGAGGCCAGACCGCCCAAGAACGCUCCUGGCAAGAAGGCACGGAAAGAUCCCCACCCUGAGGUGAACAACACGCAUGUGUCACAGCUGCCCCCAGAGCUGCUGCUGAAGAUUCUGGGAUACCUGAAUCCCCGCGAGCUGUGCAGAUCCCGACAGGUCAACACGCGCUGGGCUCGUGUGGCCCGCACGGGCGCCCUGUGGAGACACCUGCACCCCGUCAGCUGGGCCCGCGGUCUCUGGUACAAUGGACCGCCCUCCAGUGUUGGCACGGGGCCCGACCGAUGCUGGGAAGAAGAUCUGAGUCGGGCCCGGCGAUGGGAUGAGGACGCCGAUGUCGAUGAAUCUGAGGAGGACGGACACAGGCAGAGUGCGCAGAGGGAGGGGCAGCUGCUGCAGGGACUGAUGCACCACGUCCUGCCGCAGGUCGGCCCGUCAGUCCGCAGCUUGGUGCUGGCCUACAGCACCACCGUCUCCAGCCAGAUGGUGCGACAGAUUCUAAGCGCCUGUCCCCGCCUGGAGCACCUGGACCUGACGCAGACACCGGUGACCGACUCCGCCUUCAACAGGUGCGGCCCAGGGUCCUGUCGCUCCCUGCAGCACCUGGACCUGUCGGGCUGCGAGCGGAUCACGGACGCCGCGCUGCUGCUCCUGUCGCGGGCGCUGGGCGAGCUGCCGGUUGCCAGUGUCGGGGGCGAGGAGGAGGAGGAGCAGGAGGAGGAGAGGGCAGGUCACAGAGAUCCCUGCUGCUGGGUCUCCCUCGGCUGCAAUGACUGCCUGCCGGCCGAGGAGGCGGACCACGGGACCCAGGACAGCCACGGCCGGGUUUGGCUCCUGCCCCAGGGCCAGCUACUGGACAUUGAGGAGGCGGGCGAACUAAAGCAGAGGGGGUCCCGGCUGCCCCAUCUCCGGCACCCGCUGCCCGCCUGCUCCGUCGCCUCCCGCUGCCAGCGGGACCUGAGCUCAGCCCGGGGGCGGGCGCUGUGCGGCCACUCGCUCUGCACGGCGGAGGCCGGGGUCAGCUGGGCCUCCUGCAACCGGAUGGUGUGGAGCCGGGGCUCAGAGGCAGGGGGGUCGCCUGGCCGCCGGAAGGAGGUCCAAGCUGAGGGGGGGCCUCUCCCUCGCUCCCUGCGCUUCCUCAGUCUGUCUGGCUGCUACCACGUCACCGACCAGGGCCUCAGGGCCCUGACCCGACACGGGGGGCUACCUUUGCUACAACACCUGGAUCUGUCUGGUUGCCUUUUGGUGACUGGCCCCGGGCUACAGGAGCUGGUGUCCGCCUGCCCCACCCUCAACGACGAAUUCUUCUUCUACUGUGAUAACAUCAGCGGCCCUCACGCCAACACCGCCAGCGGUUGUCAGAACCUGCAGUGCUCGGGCCGGGCCUGCUGCCGCUCCGGAGAGUGACUCCCCCCUCUGCACAGAAUACUCCCACCCACCUCCCCGGUCCAGUGCUUGGGCUGGUCGCACCGGAGAAUGACUCCCUCCUCUUCUCCUAACACUCCCACCCAGAACCCUGUCUGACCGACCACCACUCCCAAGACACCCACCCAGCCACCUCCCCAACUCAGUGCUCAGGCCGGGCUUGCUGCUCCAGAGACCGACUCCCCACCCG